AUGAGCGACAUUCAUAUGGGCACAGCUUCGGGGGCGUCGGCUGGCGCGCCGCCUUCCAUUGCCGAGACGGACACCCCCUCCCUCGCCGCUCUCCUCGCUCAAGUCCCGGAAGCAGGCGUCGCUGAGUGGGUCCAAAACCUGCCCAUAGUAGACUUCGUUUCGUUCGCCGCCGCCGUCACCGUUCAGCUUGAGGGAAUGGCGACCAAUCUCGACGGUAUGUCCGCAGACAUGCCCGGCGUAUCUGCCGACGUCGAGAGGGGCGUCGACGCGACGGCCCAACUCAAGGCUAGCCAGGAGGAGUUGAAGCAGAAGAUAGACCGGCUGGUGGUGAAGGUGACGAACGCGCUCCGCUCCUACAGCGCCGCGUAUGAACAUGGCUUCCAGACUCUGCAACAGUUGAUGAAAGAACGGAAGGAGCAGGCCGAGAAGCAGGCCGCCAAUGUCACGGAGACCAUCCGGGCUACAAUCGCCCACGGGGUGGCCGCGGGUAUAGCCGAGCAGAACGCGCGGCAAAGUGCCGCGGCCCAGGCCGCCGUCCGCCAGGUCCUGGAGGGGCCAGAAGUUCGCCAGGCCAUGGAAGCCGCUGCUCAACGGGCAGUGGAUCGCGUGGUGCAGGCCGCUGGCCAGCGUUAA